GGCUGUGUGUAGGAGUUGUCUGUGUGUAGGAGUUGUCUGGAGUGAGAGCAAAGGGAAGCUGUCUCUUCCCCAAUCUCUUCUCUCCCUCUCUCUCUCUCUCUCAUUCACUCACUCUCACUGUCUUUUUGGAGAAGAUGACACUCUUGAGUAAGCAAGAAGUUAAUUCUCUUGAGUAAGCAACUUUAUUGUAAGGUCUGGGUAGGCUCCUCUGGGCUCAGGAGCCGGAGUAGGAGGAACCCAAGAGUGAACUAGAGAGAAGAAGAAGGAAAAAAAAAACACCCAGCUGUUCUUCAGACACCAGAAAAGCAGAGCCGGGAAAGAAGAAAAAUCAAUUUUGCUGAGCCAAAAAGCAAAUUAACGCAGGGAUUUUGAAAGGGGGAACGGAAUUCUUUCGGAUAGUCCCUAAACUUCCCCCCUGUUCAUCUUCUUCUUUUUGAUUUCAAUGAGACAGAAAAUUGUUUUGAGUUGAGGAAUUAUUCCAGAGUUUGGGGCACUUUGGAUCCAUCGCUCCUCCGGCCUCCUGGGUGCUGACUUCACCGCGGACUUCGUCAUUUGUUUUCUCCGAUUCGAGGGGUCAUUUCUUCGGCCGCCUUUCCAUGAUUCGGUGAAGGCAGAGGCUGCUGCUUCUUGGGGAGAAAUCUGGUUUUUCCCCAACAGAUUUUUUCCGGAUUCCUUUUUUUUUUUUUAUUAAAAUUUCCCCCCCCCCCCCCCUUUUUUUUUUCUUCCUUCCACCGAUGAGCCACUAAACUGUGUUGGAAGCUGGGAUGAUUUUCGAGGCAACUUUUCGGUUUGGGAAGAUGGACCAAGUGAGGUGGUGCCUUCUGUCCAGUUUGCUGGCUUGGUUGAUGGGCAUCAGCCACACCCAGGAAGCGGGAUACUUCCAUGAAAGUCCGUCGAAUUUGACCUCGUCUUUGGGGAAGGACGUGAAGCUCACCUGCUCGGUCCUGGCCCUGGGCGAGGCACCGGAGAUCAGCUGGCUGAAGGAUGGUGAGGCCUUCGAAAUUGCCAACAUUAACCAGAUCCAGGUGCCUUUGGACGAAGAAGAAUGGAUGACCACCAGCGAACUGAGCAUCUCUUCCCUCCAGCUCUCGGACAUGGGAAAUUACCAGUGUGUGGCCUCGGUGAAUGGAUCUAAAUUGGUUUCCGAAGAUGCUUACCUGCAGUUAGAAGGCCUCCCCUUUUUCUCCGAGGAGCCCCAAGAUCUGGAGAUCACAGCCGGUGCUGCGUUCAACCUCAGCUGUGCAGCCCAGGGACCCCCCGAACCCGUCUUGGUGAUCUGGCUGCAGGACAGCGUUCCCCUGAACUCCUUGGCGGACCCCCUGGCAGAGACCCCGUCCGUCUUGCGGGUGAGAGGGCUGAACCAUAGCUCCUCCUUCUCGUGCGAAGCCCACAACGCCAAGGGAGUCAGCACAUCCCGAACUGCGGCGGUGACAGCCCUGGGUUACCAGUUUCUGAGCGGAUACUCAAGCCGAGCCAUGAAACCUUCCUUCUCUCUCAACCCAACAGGCAAAGGAGAAACGAUACCCGUGUUUCUGACGGCCGGCAUGAACGCAUCAGCGAUUGGCCCUCCAGAGAAGACUGACAACAAGCUUAGGUCUGCCAAUGAAGAAGAUGCGUACAAGACAAAAAUGCAACAGAACAGGAAGGAAUCCAAUUAUGGAUUGCAUCGUGGUUUUUAUAACAAACCACUGGCUUUGAAAAAGUAG